ACCCAAAGAAUGGUAGAUAUAGCAAGUUGGUAGAUAUCAGCAGAUGCAAUAGGGGGACAAAGGCUGAACUUUUAUGUUGUUCUCGCUGCAGAGACACUCCAAAAGGACCAAUCUUUCGGUUAAAGGUGAUCUUGCUCUGUUCUGGGUCGGACAAAGUUUUGGAAGAAUGAACUGUGUCGACGCCAUGAGCAGCUGGUGGGGGAGCCACGGAAAGUGGCGAAUGGUGUACCUUCUCUUCCUGGGUCAGCUCGUCUCUUUCAUAAUGGCACUCGCGAGCUUCUCUACUUCUCUGAUAGCUGAUCUCGGUGUGGAUGCGCCUCUCACUCAAAUGUUGUUUGCUUAUUUAGCUCUCGCUCUGGUUUUCGGAAGCAUCUUGCUUUACAGGCGACGCAGGCUUCUGGUAUCUUCACAGUUCUGUUCUUCUCCAUGUACAGAGAGUCGGUCAGUUUUUAAGCACGAGACUUUGGCCAAACCAAGCUACUGUGCUCUGUUAGGAAAUUGGUUUCGUGGUACUGGUAUCUGCUAUUGGGAAUGGUUGACGUUCAAGGAAAUUAUUUGGUUUACUUACCACUCAAACUUCUUGAUGGCAGUUAACAAGGCAUACCAGUACUCAUCGAUUACUAGUGUGACACUUCUGGAUUGCUGGACAAUACCGUCGGUCCUUGUCCUGACCUGGGUGUUUCUAGGAACUCGUUAUUCGCUGUUGCAGUUGUUUGGAGCCGCAUUGUGUGUUCUAGGCCUUGGCUUAGUGCUUCUAUCCGAUGCUGGAGUGGGAGGGGGAGGUGGUUCAAAACCUCUUUUGGGAGACAUACUUGUUAUUGCUGGGACUGUCUUCUAUGCCGUAAGCAAUGUCGGUGAGGAAUUCUGCGUGAAGAAAAAGGAUCUAGUGGAAGUAGUGUCCAUGAUUGGGCUUUAUGGAACACUAGUUAGCGUGGUUGAGAUAUCCAUAUUUGAAAGGCAGAGUAUUGAAUCCAUCACGUGGUCUACAGAACUUGUACUAGCUUUUGUUGGCUAUGUUCUGACAGUCUUUUUAUUCUAUUCAUUUGCUCCUUCAGUCCUGAAGAUGAGUGGAGCCACAAUGUUCAAUCUCUCUCUACUCACAUCUGAUAUGUGGGCAGUUGUUGUACGCAUCUGCUUCUAUCAUCAGCAGGUUGACUGGUUAUACUAUCUUGCUUUUGCCAUUGUGGUAGUUGGCUUGGUCAUCUACUCGAAAAACGAGAAGGAACCCGAAAUUGUACAGGCCAUUGAGGAUGGAGACCUGACCAAUUAUCAAGUGCUUAGCAAUGGAAGUGCAGUUCCCCCGGAGGAAUCUUCGACUUCAUGAUGCAAGUUGCCCGUUUUAUAUUGCAGUUGACUCUGCACAUCCUAGUAAACUCGAUGGGACGGUCUUAAAUUUCUUCCCCCAACUGGUGCAUCCAGUUGUUUAGCCUAACCGUGCUUACAGAGAGAGGCUCUGCUUUGGCAUGAUGCGAUCGGAUCCCAUUGGGUCACCGAAACCCUGGUAUGGCUAUGUUCUAUAUGCGAGGUUCUAGUUCAUCAUGUUGCUGAGCAGACAAGGCAAAUUUAUACCCAAGAAAGUCUGAAACAAGAAGCUAGGGAUCCUUUUACGCAGAACGAGUAAUAUAAUAGAUCGAGGCUGCAUGGAUAGAUUGAUGAAUGCAGAGAAUUAUUACAUAUCUAUUUUGAUUACUCACCCACUUUGAUGUGGCAGUGUUUCCUGCAGCCUUAUGUACUUGUAUAGCCAGUAAACAUACUUUUAAUUCCAUCAACCCAUGUUGC